AUUGACGGUUACUUCUUUAUCUAGAUAUAGUUAAAAGUAUACUUAUCGAAUAAAAAUCCUGAUCGUAAGAAUGAAGAAAAGUCUAUUUUCUGCGCUUAUUUUCCUGGUAUUGGCAGGUGUCAAAGAUGCGAGUGCGUGCAGCAUGCUCGGUUUGACUGGUGUUCCAGGCUUUUCCUCGCCUUCCUAUAGUUCUCCCGGCCAUCCCAGCAACAAUCCUCACAACCUCGACUGUUACUACAGAAUCAACGCCCAGAGCAGCUCCAACGUCAUCGCAGUAACUUUUAGUCAGUUUAACUUGGAAAAACACAGCCGUUGCAACUUUGACUACUUGGCGAUUUACGAAGGCCCUUCUACAAGUUCUCGUCUUAUUGGAAAAUAUUGUGGAACAAAUUCUACAUUCACUGUCAAGGGUCGUGGAAGUCAAAUGUACAUGCACUAUCAUACUGAUUCAACCGUUCCCUCGUCUGGAUUCCGAUUUCGUUUUACCAUUAGAGCUUCUACAACGCCAUCUUGCGAUCAACUAUCGAUUGGUGGAGGACCGGGCACUGGUAGCAUAAGUUCGCCAAACUAUCCUCAGAAUUACCCAGACAAUGCUGAUUGUAGAUACCGAAUUAAUGCUGGAAGUGCAACUCGUAAUAUCACGUUGACUUUCACCGCGUUUAAUCUGGAAGCAAACAGUGACUGCAGAUACGACUACGUCGAAGUUCGCACUGGAUUUAAAGGGAACUGGGCACAAACCGCUAGAAAAUACUGCGGGUCAACUGUACCAGCAACACAAGUAAUAACCGGCCAACAAUAUGUUUACAUUCAGUUCUUUACCGACGGCAGUGUGACCAGGUCUGGAUUCAAUUUGCAAUGGACGGUUUCAGGGGCUGGGGACUGCGACCAACUUAAUCUUGGAGGAGCACCCGGCAGUAACGGCGUGAUAUUAUCACCCAAUUAUCCAAGAGAAUAUCCCAAGAAUAUAGACUGCAAAUACAGAGUCCAGAGUUCAUGCAGCAGUAACUAUAUUAAUUUCCGCUUCAAUGCAUUCAACAUAGAAGCUCAUUCUCAAUGCCGGUGGGACUACCUGGAGGUCUUCAAUAGUUGUGGUACAACUUCAGGGUCAAUCGGUAAAUUUUGCGGGACUACCCUUCCAGGACCUCUUACGCGCAGAUCUUCGUGCAUGUCGAUGAGAUUCAAAACAGAUGGCAGCGUUGCCAGAACGGGUUACAAUAUGACCUACACUGUCUCAGGUUCAUGCUAUCCGUCAUAUGGAAUUAUUCAAUCGCCUGGUUAUCCCAUGGACUAUCACAACAACGCCCAAAACAACUACGUCAUCCAACCACCAAAUGCGAAUACUAUCCGUCUUCGAUUCACGACUUUCAUCUUGGAGGGAUCUGAACCCAUCUGCAGAUACGACAGCGUAACUAUCAAACGGUGGAGUGAAUCUGGAACACAGUUAGAUAAGUUCUGCGGAACGAAAACUCCCUUCACUAGAACAUACUCAGCGUCAAGAUUGGUCUUAAUGUUCAAAACCGAUGGCUCUGUUGUUCGCAAGGGAUUUAUGUGCACUUACUCAAAAAUAAAUUAAGAAUUCACUCAACCCAGCGUAUGAAUACGAACCAGCCUAAAUUUAAUUGUGAAAUUGGAAGACACGACAAGAAACAUAUGAAUUGUUUACACGUGCUAAUAUAGAAAAUUGGUGUGCGACUUCAAUGUAUAUGCAAUAAAGCAAAUUAACCAUUAA